AUGAAACCUGUGGAUAAACAAGUUGACAGUGCAGUAAGCAGAAUAAAAUUAGAAAAUAGAAAAAACAUUAAUCCAAACAUUGAAACCAAGUCAAGCAGAAGAAAUGCUCAGUGUACCAGCCCUCGAUUUAUUCAGGUUUGUAAUAUUUUAAUACUGCAAAAACUAGUCAGCAAGAUUAAUGAUGUAACUUGUUUUUCCAUACUUGCAGAUGAAACAACAGAUAUUGCAGGUAUAGAGCAAUUAUCGUUAUACGUUCGAUAUGUCGAUAAAAAAAAAUUUAACAUCACCGAACAGUUUUUGCAAUUCAUUCCAGUGCAUGACUUAACCGGAAAAGCAAUAGCAACAACAAUAUUAGACCAAUUACAGUCUAUAAAAGUUGAUAUAAAAAAGUUACGUGGACAGGGGUACGAUGGUGCUGCAUCAAUGAGUGGAAAAAUUAAUGGUGCUCAAGCCCAAGAAAGAAGUAUUGUCCCAUCAGCACUCUAUGUACAUUGCUCUGCUCUUAUCCUCAAUUUGGCUGUAUCAAAGGCGUGCGAAAUAACUGGCAUUAGAAAUUGCUCAGGGACAAUUAAAACAUUGUACGAAUUUUUAAAUACGCCAAAAAGAUAG